AGGUAUUAUUUAAUCUGUGGUACACUUUGCCGUACGUAGCUGUCAUUUGAUUGAUGGUGGUGCCGUAUGUCUCGCGAGUUUUAUUUUUAAUUAUUUUUCUUGAAGUCAUGUUAAUUUAACCAUUAAUGAAAACAUGUCACUCAGGGAAAAUUUAUGUGAACUUGGCUGGCAUCUAAGUGAAGAAGGUCUUGAUAUUGUUAGUGAAAAUGGUCAAAUAGAAGAUAUUAAUAUUCUUACUAAGAAAGCGUUAGAUUAUGAUUUAAGAGAUAUAGGGGAUGCUGCGCUUCCUGAAGACUUUACUAAGGAGCCAUCGAAGUUAGAGAAGCCAGUAAUAUUGCAAAUACAGAAGGUCAGAAAUGUGUCAGCUCCGAAGGCUAAUGAGGAGUCUACAUCUGCCCCUCGAAUGCUUAAGUUAACGUUACAUGACGGUAAAUCGACAUGUACGGGCCUAGAAACUAGUCCUAUACCGAGUUUAAGUAUUAACACUCCGCCGGGUACCAAGGUGUUGUUGAACAAUGAGGGCCUAGAGGUGUGUCACGGUGUGGUGUGGUUAGUGCCUGAAGUCAUAUCAGUUUUGGGUGGAAAGGUUACUCACAUGAUUGAGAAAUGGGAACUCAAUAGGAGUCUCGCUAAGCAUACAAGAGGAGGCAUUGGUGUUGAUGGUGGACCCCCACCAUGGAUCCCAUUUGGACAAAGACUGGAAGCUCUAACAUUAGAGAAAAAUUACAAGAGUAUAACAGAAGCUGCUAAACAAGAUAAUGCAGAGUUUGAAGCUCAGAGGAAAGGUGCCAUCGCUGAAGCUCAAAAAUUAUCAUCCGGUGUUAAAAAGGUCUUUGGAGGAGGCACUAAACCCCUGCUGGAUGCAAAUGUUCAGAAGAUUGUUGAUGCUGGCUUCUCAGAGGAACAAGCUGAGAAUGCUCUCAAAUAUACUAAAAACAAUGUAGAUAGGGCUCUUAAGAUUCUACAGAAAAGAGACAACUCUGAGAGCAGAAGUAAAGAGAAACAGCAAAAGGAACAGGAACCACCCAAACGCAAGGGACGAAACAAAGAUAAUGAUGAGGAGAUACAAGUAAAGCCUUCAGGGAAGGUAUCAUUAUUUGACUUCUUAGAAGAUAAACUGCCUAAUGUACCUGAAAGGGACAGAAGUAAUCGCCAGAAUAACUCACAAGAGGAUAGGAAUGAUCGGAAUAACUACAGGGAAAGGAAUAGUGGCAGAAAUAAUUCCAGAAACCAGGCAGCUAGGUUUGAUGGUGGCAAUAGACAAAGAUCUGAUGGAAGAGGGCAUUAUUCUCAUGACAAUCAUUCUCAUAGGGAUGACAGAAAGUACCAAGCUCAGAGUGAGAAACCACCGCGGUUCCAGAGGAAACUAGAAGAGAAGAAUAAGCAACAACAACAGCAGCAGUUUCAACAUCACAAUCAGAAUCAGUUCCAGGCUAACAACCUUAACAACGUGAACAUGCAAUAUAACAAUUCAUAUCACAACUUGCCACCGCAGCAGCAGAGCCACUACAACGACAAUAAAAAUAUGCGAGGCGAGAGAAAUUACAACAACGACAAUAAAGCGCAACCACCGCAGAACUACCGCAACAGUGCGCAGAGCACCAUGGAGAGCUUAGUGGACGCCACGGCCGGCCUCAACCUGCUGGCCACGCAGCGCGCCGUCGAGGAACUGCAGCAGCCGCGCAACUACCCGCCGCUCGAACAGGUCUACGCCAAGCAGCAGCAGGCCGCCUACCUCGCCGCGCAGGCCAUGCCCGAGCCGCCGCCCUUCCGCCGCGGCAGCGACCUGCAGAAGUACCAGGAGCAGCCGUACCAGCGCCGCCAGCAGCCCAACGGCUACGUGGAGUCACGGCAGAGCGGUAUGUACGGCGGCGUGGCCGGCUACAUGGGCGGCGCCGCGGCUGGGGGCUUCGCGGCGGGUCGACAGUACGGGUACGGCGCGCGGCCGCAGGACUACGGCGGCGUGCGCGGCGCACCCUUCCUGGCCAACUCCCUGCUAGGCUUCCAGAACGCUGCCGUCAACGAGCAGGCGCGCGCCAUGCUCGGGGUCGCAGACAUCAACUGGAAGGUGGGCGACCGCUGCCUCGCACUCUACUGGGAGGACAAUAAUUUCUACGAGGCCGAGAUCACGGGCAUAUCGGCCAAGACUGUAGUUGUCAAGUUCUGUGCCUACGGUAAUCACGAGGAGAUUCUCAAGACCAAUUGCCUACCAUUCCCCAACCAAGGGUCUGCGGCGGAGGGCGCGCAGUUCCUGGCGCAGCGCGGCGUGUUCGCGGCGCGCCGGCCCUAGUGCUGCGCCGCGGCUCCGCCCGCGCCCGCGCCCGCGCGGCCCGCCAGCUGACGCCGCCCACUCCGCUAGCUGAACGUGCAUCCGACCGACCUGCCACACCCACACACAACCCACACACCCGACACAUCUGACGCAACAGGCAGCUACAUGGACUUUCCUUAGAUGUAUCUACCUAUCGAAGUAGUUGCAAACAUUUUAAGGUUGGAGCUGCGAUUUCGUUAUCGUUACUGUCAUUAUUUUAUAAGAACAGACUAGGUAUCUAACAAGUGUGCAAUAAUGCCAUGUCAGGGAACUUGUAUGUAUAACUAACUUUGUAUAAAAUGCUAAACGGUUAACAUAAAUAUCGAAUUGUAAUAUUUCCUGACAAUGCAUUGCAGGUUCAAGUGAAAUAAGUCUGUUGAUUCGGUAAGACGCUACACAAUAGUUCGGUCUCGUACCAUUAGAAAAGGCAAAUCUAAUACCGUAUUUUCUACAACUUCAAGUUUAACUGAAAAGACUGAAAAUAUAAAAGAUUUUCCACAAAACAUCAAACCGCUAUUUCUUGCAUAAUGUGCGUUUUAUUUCGUUUACUCUACGCAACGGUAACGAUUACAUUUGACACGCGAUUCGCGCUCCAUUAAAUGAAAUACUUCAGCCACCAGCUACAUACACGCCAAUAGAUAGUGAGUUCACUCAAUCACGGUCUCUGGGUGGCCGGUAUGACUCGGUUGUAUGUUCAGCUCCAUUUCUAGUUUGGGAUGAGUGAAUGAAGUUGAAAUAUACUUGCGAUCGAAGCGUUCGGUAGUCACACUGAAGGUUCUCUCUGGCAGUCAUCAUUAUAAUACCUCCUUACAAUGUAUGUAAUAAUAAAUAAUAAGUACGUGUUAAAUGUUCAUAUUCAAUUCCGUAACACACGCGGAAGUUUGUGAGUUUUCAACUUUCUUCACUUAAUGUAUAAAGGGAAAUGAAAGGGCUCACACGCCGCUGCGUAGCUUCUUAUUUUAUACUUGUACAAAGGUUUUAAUACAUGCGUAUGCAUAUUGAAGAAUUAUAAUCAAAUAAUUUGCAUUUAUUUGUUGUCUUCUUUUUAAAUUGUAUAUCUAUUGUUGUUUCAUUUGAUUUGAAGAAAAAGCAGAUAUAUUUUAGAUAUAUCUAAGUAGAAGUAGUAAUUAAGGCAUGCUUUUAUAAAUUACUGGACGAUUAAAGUUAGGUUUAUAAAGAAAUGUGAGUUAAAUUAUAAUAAUUAUGCACUUGAAAGAGAUUGGUUGCAUGUAGCAUUGUAAGCGUUACGUCAUAACACUUAUGCCCACACAGAUGUGAAUCAUUUUAUUGUAUUUAUUGCAUCAGCUCUUGUCACUCGUAUUAGUUGUGAACCAGAGGUUCGUAGUGCCAAGUUAUCGAAUUAUGAAUGCUCUUCUAUAUUUUUAUUUGUUUUAGUCUAAGAAUCGGGAAUCGUUAAAAAAGUAUUUAUAAACUAUUAGACCAUGUCUGAAAUUAUAAUAAUUAUUAUUUAUUGUUAAGUAUUUCUUUGUGCAACAUGUAUAUUCUAAACUAUGAAGUCUUUGAGGACUUGUGAAUCUCGUUCUAGGUUCUUAAACGGUAGCUUGUUAGCUAGCCUCCUUACAUUGAACCGAGUAUUUGUAUCUAUAUCAGUUCAUGUCAGGAUGCUCGACUAACCUACUAUUACAUUGCUUUUAGUUCAAGAGUUGAAGGUCUUGUUUAUUAUUGUUGGAUAUACGUGUUGCACAUUUUGUCAAUCAAUUUCUAAGAGAAGCUACGCAGGUCGUUGUGUAUCUAGGUCUAAUUAAAGCGUUCUUAAUGUUUAAAUAUAGGUAAUGUAAUAUUAAAAAAAGAUGUAACUCUGAUGCGUUAAUUUAUUGUCAGUCCGUAUGUAACCAACAGCAGUAGCGGGUUGCUUGUAUAAGUGUAUUUUGUUGUAAUUUUAGCGCAAAACAUGUAAUAUAUUAUAAUUUCAGUUGAAAUAUUGUUUGAAAUGUAUUUGUUUUAUUUUAUAUCCGUGUCUAAAUAAAUAGAUAUAAAUAAUUGUACCUACGAAAUCACCUACCGUUUACUGCUUCGUGUUUAUAUUAAGUUAACAACAAAUGAGAUGUAUCUAUAGUUUUUUCUAUGAUGGAUUUAUAUGCGACACUAAUAAUUCGCACUUGCUACUUAUUUUAACGAAGAUUUAAACUCAUUAGUGAUAGCUGUGUCAGCUGGUAGCAGGUGAGAAUAUAUUGUGGGAUCAAAUAGGAUCUGUGAGUUGUCCCGAGGGACUCACGCUGGUACACUAUUCAUUAUCGAUUUCUAUUCGAUAUCAUGUUAUAUUUCACAAGUUCAAAGCACUGGGUUGUCUAUUUAUUGCAUAGUUUCACAUACUAUGACCUUCGCGCGAUCAGGGAGGAACAUGUAGGUCUUAUGCCUUAGGUUUUGUUUAGACUUAUUCAAAGAUUUGUAUAAGACGGGUAUUUUUGGUCAUACAUAUUAUGUAUAGUUUUUGUAAGUGUAGAUAAAUAUUAUCUAAAUACUCGGUGAAGUGUAACGAUGUAGUAUUGUCCACAUGGACGCAGUGACGUCUUGUGGUCUGCCUAAAUAUUCUUGACGAACGGCCUUAUGUUCCUAUCUUUUAGAUGUUUAUAGAUUAACGUUUAAGUAGAAUUUAAACAAUUUGACGCCACUUUUGUUCGUGUGAUGUUUGCUUGGUCGCGCGCAGGUCAUAUUCUCUUGAGUUUUUAUUCUAAAACUUAUUUACUAAACUGAUUGCAAUAUAUCAGAAUAUAAUUUAAUGUAAACCAAAGCUCAAUGACAUCUUAGUUGUUAGUAGACGCAGGAAUGCUCAUAUUGAUGUAAAACCGCGUUGAAUACAUUUGUACCAUCACUUUGUAAUUAUGUUGAGUUGAGGUGAACGUUUAUUAACAAAAAGCUAAUAAAAGAAACCGUGACA